UUGUUUUUUUUAUAGUGGUGGUGUCGGGGCGGAUACCUAUACCUCCCACUAGCACAUAUACUAGAAUUUAUCCACUAAGACUUAUACAAACGUGAUCUCCUAUGUUUGUACUACUCUCAUUUAUAUAGGGUGACAAUUUUAUUGGAUUAAAGUUGUAUUCUUGGAUUUCAUUUGUUGCUUUUGAUGUCCUGAAGUUGUGAAUAUUCAUGCAUGUUUUUCUGUUGUAUCUUGUUUAAAGACUGAAUUUUUUUAUGUUUUUGGAGGAUUUGUAGAGCUGGAUCCAUUGAUUCUGGAAAGAGGAGACAUGCUUCUAUUUUUCAAGAACAAUUUCUGCAUCCAAGCUUUGCAGAUGUGAUGCAAUGGGAUCACAAAUUGAUUCAGAUGCCCUUGUUUCUCUUGAAAGAAAACCCACUGUUAAGCAUUCGUUUAAGAAUGGAAUCAACAGACUUUUGAUUGUGCAAGAGCAAAUGGAGAAACUUGAGGAGGAGCUGAGAGAGACAAGAGAGCAACUAAAUUUUGUUGAAGAAGAAAAGAGCAGAGCCAUUUAUGAACUCAGUGAGAUGAAACAUGUAGCCUAUGAGACCAAUGUGAAGGCAACUGAUGGAUUAUCGCCAAGAAAAUCAAGGGAACUUUAUGCAGAAGUUAGGACUUUGAAGGAGUUGCUAACUCACAAACAAGAAGAAUUGAAGAUAAAAGAUAAGAAUAUCAAGUCUUUGAAGUUGGAGCUCGAAAAGGCGAGACAAUGUGAGCUCAAGUUACUAGAGAAAGAUCCUAGUUUAGGGAAAGUGAAAGAAGGAUUUAGUCAUGUAAAAGCAUUCAAGAUUCGCGUGACAGAUUGGUUGUCUGAUUUUAGAAGAAGGGUUCAAGAAUUAGAAGAUGAAUUGGAGAGCAGGAAGUUAUCAGAGUCCAAAAUAUUUGAUGCUUGGUUGUCAAAGACAAGGCAGUUUGAACAAAUCAGGAUUGAACUCGAAGAAUCCAAGCUCGAGAUUGCUUCUCUUCACGAAAAGAUUGAAUCUUUAGACAUUUCUUUCAAGCAAAAUGGCAGGUAUCUUAAUCAUUCUUGCAAUGAGGAGAUUGCUAAAUCAAUAGAGAAGGAAAUGGAAAACCUCAAGUCUGAACUUGAAUUGGCAAAAGAGAAUGAGAAGGUGGCAUUAUCAAAGGCCAAGGCUUUGACUAUUGAGAUGAGCUUGCUGAAAAAUGAAAUGAAGUUGGCAAAUGAGGCAGAAGAAAAGAGCAGAAAGGCCUUAGAUGAUUUAGCGUUAGCAUUGAAGGAAGUUGCUUCGGAAGCAUGUGAUGCCAAAGAGAAACUUAGUGCUACACAAUUAGAACUAGGACAAGUGAAAAAGGAGGCUGGAAAUCUGAAGGAGAUGAUCAAGAGCAUUAAGGCUAGAUAUAAAAAGCUUUUGGAUGAAGCAAAAGAGGAAACAGAACUAUUUAGAAACAUAGCAGACAGAUUGAAAUUAGAGGUGGAGGAGUCACUAUCGGCUUGGAAUGGGAAAGAAAUGAGCUUCAUCGCGUGUAUAAAAGAAGCUGAAGAAGAACGGGAUCUUGCUCUCCAAGAGGCCGCUAAGCUCAACGAAUCUCUUAAAGCAGCCGAGCAAAUGACUAAAGCAGCAAGGGAAGAAAACUAUAAAUUGACAGACAUCUUGAAGCAGGCUGUCAAUGAAGCAAAUGCUGCAAAAGGAAUGAAUCAAUGCCGUUUUCUCUCUCUAGAAAAUGCAAGCCUUGUGAUUGAUGAAGCUGCUUCAUGAAAAUUUAAGCGAGUAAAAUGGUUGCUUUCUUCAGAAUCAACAGAAUACAUAAAUACAGACUAGAAGAAUGAGGGAUGAAGUCACCAAAGGCAAUAGUAGAGGAACACGAAGAUCACAAAAGCCAGGAAAACUUUCAGCUUCAAUCUUAGUGAGCUAAAAUUGGCUUGUCAUCAUCCGACUGCAUGAUUCAUUUGCUUUCACAUAUAAUGGAGACAGAACUUCAAUAAUCCACAUCAUAGCUAUGUUGACAAUUUAGAUAGUAAUAUGAAUUUAACUAAGAGAAGAAAAUUAUUUUUCUGAGAGUGGUGGCAACUCAUAAUGAGGUAUCAUUUACACAGGAAGAAAAUUAAUUUAGUUUUUAUUUUUAGGAAUUUUUGUAUGUUUGUAUUUGGGAUUGAUGUAUACUUCAUUGAUAUUGAUUUGCUAUGUUUUUGGCCUUUUGGGAUUGAUGAAGGAGGAUUUAGAAGCAAUUGUAGAACUUGUAAUUUACUAUUUGGG